CACUGCAUUCCAAAAUAGCGUAUUCAACUGCUAAUCUGAGGUCUUCCGAAUCGUGCAGUGUGUUACCACUUUAUGCUGUAUUUUGCGCUUUCCUAGGUAAUCGCCAUGUCGGUGGCUUUCGCACCUCACAGGCAGCGUGGAAAGGGGGAUAUCACUCCCGCAGGAAUACAAAAGUUACUAGAUGAGAACAACCAACUGAUCCAGUGUAUAAUGGACUUCCAGAGUAAAGGCAAGACUGCAGAAUGUUCACAAUAUCAGCAGAUGCUCCACAGAAAUCUAGUGUACCUGGCAACGAUAGCAGACUCAAAUCAAAACAUGCAGUCCCUUCUACCAGCGCCGCCCACUCAGAACAUGUCCAUGGGCCCCGGUGGUAUGAACCAGAGCGGAGCUCCCCCCCAGCCUCCACACAGUCACAACAUGCCCUCGGAGGGCAUGGGCAGCGGAGGGCCCCCGGCUCCGCACAUGCAGGGCCAGAUGAACGGACAGAUGCCUGGACCUAACCAUAUGCCCAUGCAAGGACCCGGACCCGGCCCCAACCAGCCGCCCAACAUGCCCGCCGGGUCCAUGAACAUGCCCCCCAGCAGCCACGGAACCAUGGGCGGCUACAACCACGCCGUCCCCUCCUCCCAGGGCAUGCCGGCCCAGAGCCAGAUGAACAUGACUCAGGGCCAGCCUAUGGGCAACUACGGCCCCCGGCCCAACAUGAACAUGCAGCCCAACCAAGGUCCCAUGAUGCACCAGCAGCCUCCCUCACAGCAGUACAAUAUGCCCCCUGGUGGCGCCGGCCAGCACUACCAAGGCCAACAGAACCCCAUGGGUAUGAUGGGCCAGGUCACCCAGGGGAACCAUGUCAUGGGCCAGAGGCCCAUGCCACCUUACAGACCCCCGCAGCAAGGACCCCCACAGCAGUACCCAGGGCAGGAAGACUACUAUGGCGACCAGUACAGUCACGCAGGACAGGGCGCCUCAGAAGGUAACGCGCAGUACGUCCAGAACCAGGAGGCGUACCAGCAAGGCCCGCCCCAGCAGCAAGGCUACCCACCCCAGCAGCAGUAUCCCGGCCAGCAAGGCUACCCUCCGCAGCAACAGGGAUACGGUCCUUCCCAGAGCGCCCCGGGCCAGUACCCCAACUACCCACAGGGGCAGGGGCAGCAGUACGGGGCCUACCGCCCACCUCAGCCCGGCCCCCCCCAGGGCCAGCAGCAGCGCCCCUAUGCCUACGAACAGGGACACAUGAGGAAAUAAAGACCCAGGGAUUUGAACCCCUGACUAGCUCUGUAAGAAGCAAAGGGCCAGUAUGGAAAUUACCAGCAAUGAAAAGAUGGUCACAGCAAACCCACACAGCCCCGCUCUGACCUCUUCUCUGAGCUUUGACCUCUGGGGUCAUCUGUUGAGUAGAAUUUAAAUUAUGGCUGCAGCUCGAUGAGACACACCCAACACGCACGCACACACACACACAAACACACACACCCACAUCGGUUCCCUCUUCUGGAACGAUCCAUCGGGGCGCUCAUCCACACCUGUAAGAUGUAUUGUUGUGUUGUCAACGCUGACGUGAUGCGGCCCGUUUCUCAGAGCUCUUUCUCCGGUCGCGGCGGUCUCCGAGCAGCGUAGCCUUAACAACACCAAACAAACAGAGCUGCCUUAUCGUACAAACAUUGCAGUUUUUGUGAAACUGGCAUACAAAACGUGAAAUUUGGGGUAUCACCAAUUGUUUUAAAUGUACCAACUCGCUAGGUAGGUGGAUGCAUUCCCCCCCCCCCGCCCCCUCCCUCUCGCUCCCUGUCAAUGAGAAGCAAUAAUGCCAACAGUAGAGAUACGCUUUUUUGAUGAGGUUAACUUUGUCUAUGACUUUGGAGACUAGUCCUAAAUACUGUGUUGUUUAUUUCCUUAACUGUACGUGUCAAUGUAUCUUUUUGGUUAUGAUCUUUUAUGAUGAUCCCAUCCGGCACAUUUUGUAUUAUUUUGUUUUGUUUUAUGUAUUUCUUUGAAUUGUAUCCGUCUAAAUUACAUUUUCAAGACCGAUGUGGUCGCCCCACGGUGGCUUUGGUGGUACAAACACAUGCUCCUGCACAAUAUGGCGCUAAAAUACAAACCUAAUCGGUGUACUUUUUGGACCUGGACUGAAUCGUUAAAAAUGUAGCAUGCCGGCCCGGCUUUGGUGAAACUGAACUAGAACUAUUAAUUUAUAUAAAACAUUUUCAGGGUUUUCUACUUUAUUUAGCUCACACAGAUCUACCAAAUUUGCCAUUAGAGGAAUAGACGUUUGCGUGGUUGGAAAAGUGUGCCGAAGCAGAAGACGCAUAGCGGACAUCUUUUGAAAUGUAAGGCCAUCCCUCUCUGCUUGCCAAAGCCUUCUCCUAUUAUUUUAAUUAGUUGUUUAACUAAGGUCCACGGCCAUUUUGUCCACUGACUGCAAACCAAUGAUUGCGGGGGUGAAAUACCACCCGAAUCUUAACUACGGUUUUGUGCUGGAGGAUUAUCUCCUUGAAUAGACUUCUGAGGCAAUGCCAUCGAUAAAGUGUUGUGUACGAAUCAACCGAAAAAAACUUGUUACUAUCAUAUAUGUAACAUAAGAUGUGAAAAUAAUGUUUUGGAGAGAAAAAAGGAUUUCAUAAUUUUACAGUUUAAAAAAAGAAAAACAACGGGUGGUGCAGUUGUGGCUACAGCCGCUUGAUAUGUGUCCUAUGGUCAGUGUUGCCAGGUUGGGUGGGAAAUCUGACCCAACCUGGCAACACUGCUUAGUUGAUCUGGUGUACAGUGGCAUAGAGGAGGAACAGACACGGUCGUCCUCAUCUUGUUUAUAUGGCUGUUUAAUAUUUUUCAUUCUGCACCCAUUCGAAACAGUGUCGGUUGUCAUUGAAAUGUAAAACUGUACAUUAUAAUAAACUACAAAAAAACAAA